ACCCUUUGGUGCAAGCAAGGGACAAUACUCCAACCAACUGAGCCACGGCCAGGGCUGCAGCUGGGGAAAUUAUAAUGGCUUGUUUGAAUCAGAUGAGAAGGCAGUGACCAGGGCCCUUUCCUCCUGUUCUGGUGGGUAAGCUGAGUGGAGUAGUCCUUGCCCUGCCCUCCCCUUAGGCCUUCAUGCAGUAGAGGCCCCUGUUGGGAGCUGUAGGACGAGACCUGGCUCCUGAGACAGCUUCUGCUCCAAAGUUCCCAGAACAGUUUCAAACCUGGGCUCUGUUAGUGCCCCUUCCAUCUUCCUAUGCCCGCCCUCCAUGGUACAGCUGGGUGAAGGAGGUGGGGGAGGUUUGGGAAUGGAACUGAAUCCACUGACCACUCCCAAGGACUAAGCUCUACCUGGUGGGGAUAGGAGGGAAGGGGCCUGCAGCCAAAAAAGUUGGGGGAACCUGAGUGUGAUCCCAUUCUCAAGGCCCAGUUCAUUGUCACCCGAUUAACACCACCAACCCCUACUCUUCAUUUCCUGGCCAUCUUCAGUCCUUCCCGGACUUACCCAAAAGUUUUUUGCCUGGGCCACAGUGAAGUUUCCAGCUCUGGGCAAGGUGCAUGGCAGCAUUUAGCUCCCAGUUUGACUUACUCCACCAUUGCCUCUAGUAUUCCCCACUCAGGCCCUCAAUGAUCGGGUGUGGAGAGAAAUGGAAAGCUACCCUGGAGUUCAGUGUUGGGAGGGUUUAUUUAGAGAGGGCUGGAAUUGGUUGCUGCAGAGCUCCGCGAAGAGACUCAGAAAGCUGAAGAGGAAGAACGUGGAGGGGCCCCAAGGCCCUUGCUGUGCAAGGCUGGAGGAGCAGACCCUGAGAGGGGCGUGGAGAUCUGUGCGGUGUUUGGGCCCCACCUUGAGUCUGGAGAGGGGGAAGGACCUGCCAAUGGGCAGGGCCCGUCCCGUGCGGGCAACCAAUGGGCAGGAGGAGGUGGGCCCUCCCGGCUGCGAGGACGAGGACCGGCUGGUGGCAGUCGGGCCGCUGGGUCUCCCGCGCUGGCCGGGAGGCGCAUCUAUGACUGCUCUGAGCAGGGGCGAGACAGUGGCGGCUGGCAGCAACCAACAGAUGCAUAGGAAGAUGACUUCUCUGAAGAGCCCCCUGUUCUGCACAGAGAAACUAGUCAGAGUUCAGACAACCCCGGACUCCAGUCUGCACUGGCCAGAAGGCUUGAAGGGUGAAGAGAUAAAGAAAUACAGUCGAGAAGGGACACUACUAAGUAAAUACAACCAGCAAUACCACAAGCUGUUCAAGGACAUCCCCUUGGAAGAGGUGGUUCUCAAAGUGUGCUCCUGUGCCCUCCAGAGGGACCUCCUUCUCCAGGGUCGGCUCUAUAUCUCCCCCAACUGGCUCUGCUUCCAUGCCAGCCUCUUUGGCAAGGAUAUCAAGGUGGUCAUUCCUGUGGUGUCUGUGCAAAUGGUCAAAAAACACAAGAUGGCACGGCUCCUUCCCAAUGGCCUGGCCAUCACCACCAACACUAGCCAGAAGUAUGUUUUUGUGUCACUGCUCUCCCGGGACAGUGUAUAUGACAUGCUGAGGAGGGUCUGCACUCACCUGCAGCCUUCCAGCAAGAAGAGUUUGAGUGUAAGAGAAUUUUCAGAAGAACCUGAGUGCGAGUCUCUGGAAGUCCUCACCCCUGAGAUGAAGUGGAGAAAAAUAUGCCCUGCCUCCAGGUCCCUGUCCCUCCCAGACAGCAUCCCUUGUAUCCCUCCAGCAUCCAUGGACUCCCCAGACAGCUUCUUCUCCUCCAGGAAACCUCCAGGGUCUGGUAAGUUCAGGGCCCGAGCAGCUUCAGAGAACAGCAGGAGGUUGGCAUGCCCCAUGCUGAGCUGGGGUCGCUGUCCCAGGAAGAUGACUAACUGCUCUCUUAUUGCAGAAAAUGCUGUCUGUGAGGAGGAGACACUGGAGGAGGAGCCCAGGACCAGCGAAGAGCUGAGGCUCUGGAAUUACCAGCUCCUCAAGGUCUUCUUCGUGCUGAUCUGCUUCUUGGUCAUGUCCUCAUCCUAUCUGGCAUUCCGCAUUUCCCGGCUGGAACAGCAGUUAUGCUCCCUGAAUUGGGAUGGCCCAGUCCCUGGGCACAGGUGA